AUGGAAGAUGAAGAUGGUGAAAGUAAAAUCAUGGAUAUGUGGAGCAUUUUGGGAAAGCAACAACAACUUAAAGACACUUCUAUUGGAAAUUCGUUAAAGUCAUCAAUUGACAAUAUAUACACCGAUGUAAUAGAAGAAGAGAAACAAUUAUUGCAGUAUAAUUCUAUUACAACCAAAGAUUCACCAAGCAAGAAUAACACUACAGGAUCAAAAAUUGUAUUUAAAGGGUUUAAGAAACGUAUUCUGGCACAAGCUCAAGAGACGCAAACAAAUACGUUAAAAAAUAUAGCGCAGGAACAGCAAUCGCAACAUUCUAAUGCAUUGUCCAGAAGCAGCAAGGAGAAAAGAGCGGAAAUUAAACGGGGCAAAAUAACGGAAUAUGCACAAUAUUUAGGUCUUCAGCCUUCAUCGAAAAAUAAGUGUUCAAAGUGUCAGUCAUCGUCAAAUUUGUGCUCUACGUUGAAACAAAGUUCAUGUACUUGUAGUUCCACAAUGACGCCAAUGCCCAGUACAUCGGAAUCAUCUAUAGUGCCACAUUCACCUAAUUUCAAAAUCACGAGGAAGGUUUAUCUUUGCGCGGCAUGUGGCACGUAUUUUGAAAAUUGGAACUUGUUUUUACACAUGAGGGACAUACACAAACGUCAUAUAUGUUUAUUUUGUCUUGGAAUGUUUGGGCAAGCCGAGAGGCUGUCGCAUCAUUUAACAAAGAAGCACAGCGUUCCAGAGAUGGCGUUCACGUCUGUCGAAGAUUUUUAUGGUGCUUUCAAAGGAUCGUGUUACUUAGUUUGUUGUACGUGCGAGAAAGUUUUCUCAGAAACGGAUAACUUUUAUAAUCAUUUUUGUUCGCCAACGUCUAAGCAAGAUGUCACUGCUUCCAUAUGCACGUUAUGUAGACAAACAGGCUCACACGCAAGUACAUGCAGUUUGGCCGUUGAAACCAACAAAGAAGUAAAUCCUACUUUACCAGCUGCUGUGCAAACAGGGACUACAACAUCGGCUAACAUGCUUGAUAAAGGUGUAAAUAGUGACAAUAAGACUGUUGCAAGGAAAUCAAUGAAAAACAAUAGGUCUAAAUACAUGGAGGAUGGUACGACGAAUCAGCAGAAAAUGAAUGUUCACGGGAAAAAGAUGAAUAAUAAAAUCGCCGUGUCUCAGUCGAACGAGAGCCAAGCAUUUGACGAAACAUCGAACAGGGAUGAAAAUUCUCGAAACGUAGUAACGCACGAUUUAGUUAAAGACACGGUUUCAGAGACGAUAAUGGAGGUCUCGAAGUAUAUCGAAGAGUCGUCUGAAGGUAAGGAAGGAUCAAACGAAAAAGAGAUUUGUCAAAGUAAUUCAAAGUUGAAUUCAACCGAUUCACCUAGCCAUACCAUGCCAUACGAUAGUGUAACAGAAACUAUUAUGGAGGUAUCACGAUGUACAAAUAACGUAGAAGAGUUUGGUGACAAAAGUAAGAGAGAGAGUAUAGAUGUAGUCGACACGUUGAAUAACUCUGACAAAUCGGAAACGAAUUCCAGCGAAACGGCCAAGCUCGACGGGGGGACAAUCGAGGUGGACAAUGUUAAUUCGGCAAGUCGAGAAACAGAAGCAGAUGCGAUCAAAGAGAAGCUAGAAGAAGACACGUUGAAAACGGACGACUCUAAUUCCCACGAGUGUGAGAGUGUCGCUCAUAGUCCAGUCAGUCGAUCGUUAUUCAGCCCGCAGCACGAGUCACACUUGUCCGACGUUGUUGUUCAGCCCAAAGAAGAAACCACUUGCGACAAUGAUAAUAAAGAAAAUUUCGACGUACCUAACGAAUCUCAGUCUUCGGUGUCGUUCAACGCUACCAGCGAAACGUCCGAUAGAAGUUUAGUCAUAAAGAUAUGUACCAAUAGAAAUUCUCAGUUCUCUGUCGCGACUCACAGGGAGAGCGCAGAGGACGGCAUUGGUAAGAAGGAAGAGGAAAACAACAAUGCGGAAAGCUCGCUGACAGAGGAGAGACAGUCUGAUAUUUUCGAAGAGGAGAAGGACAACAACGCCGGUUAUCAAGUGAAUGACGAAGACAGCGAUUCCGAUAGUUUGAAAUUAGCGGUGGUAGACAAUGUGGCCGAAGAGGCCGAGGAUGUGGACGAGAGGAGCGAGCAGAGAGCGGUAACAGGGAUUGAAAUCGAGACGAAUAUAACAAGUAUCGAGAGUAAUGGAAAUCAGACGGAGAUGAUGAAGACAACGGUCGACGUGAACGACACGUCGAGUGUGAAAGAGGAUGAGAAAGCGAAAGGGGAUGGCGAAGAUCACGCGGAGAAUACAGUAGAGUCGCAGAUGCAGCAGCCGAACGAUAGCAUAAUACUGGCUGGGGAGGAUGUACCUUGCAUCGAUCUCAACGUUGACGGCACUUUAGACAGCAUAGAGAUAGAGGAUUUACUGAAACGUUGUAUAGAAGCAGCCAGCCCUUUCUGCGUUUAUUGUAAUCACGCGCGUCACAUAGCAGUGAAUGGGAAGCAGUUAGGAUUGCACAUGCUUGCAGAGCAUAAGUUCCAACCUCAGCAUCCCGCCAUAAUCAUCCAGCCGGAGCAGUUUGUCGUUAGAGUGAAAAAGUCCCUCGACGAGCUGGACUCUUACUCCUUUAAUUUAGAUUCUUACAGUAGCACAAACGGUACAUACAAUAUCCCAAGCGUGAGAACGUACGAAUGCUUUCAUUGUAGAUUUCAUUCUGCCAUACACAAGGAACUUUACCUGCACAACCGGAAGAUGCAUCAAAAGACAAUCUUAAUUUGUAUAAUGUGUAAAUCCACUUUCUAUAGUUACAGCGAGUUACUUUGCCACUUGUGUCCUGGCAUAUACUCGCCAAAUAUCAACGUCAGGUACAGGUGUUGCCUUUGCCCGGUGGCAAACCUCCCAUCCGCAUUUAGAUUGAUGGUACACCUGCGUAAAAGGCAUCACGCGUGCGACGUCUGCCUGGAGUCUACCGGGAAUCAGCAGCGUCUGUCGAAUCACGUUUGGAAGCACAAGCUUCAUCACCUGUGCUACAGAUGCGGCAUUGCGUACAGGAACAAACCGGACAUCACGAAACAUCUGUUUUGGAAGCACGGGACGGAGAGCGUACUGUGCAAGAAAUGCCUACAGAAAAAGUGGCCACAUAUUUAUCACUUUUGCAUACCACCGACAGCUUUCGUCUGCGAAGAGUGUGGCUCUAGUUUCUCGCGAGCAGUCGCCCUGAAGGUACACAAGAGGUUACAUUCCGGAGAUCAUCCGUACCCUUGCAGCGAGUGCUCCGAGCGUUUCAUAUCUCGAAAGCUGUUGGCCAAGCACGAGGAUGCUCACAAAGAACCGCCAGCGGCGAUCGGCGCAAACCUGAUUGACACGAUGAGUCAGCAUCCGGUGGUCAACGAUCAAGAGAAACUGGACAAGGAAAAGGUAGGCGUGACCGAUGGCAACGCGACUGUUGCCGAGUCGAUGAAAGACGUUAAAGAGCCUGUGAAAAAGGUAGUCGAUGUCUACGAUCUGCCACCUUUGAACUUGUCCUCGGACAGCGACACAGACUCCGAGGAAAAGAAACCCGAGACCAAGGAAUCCGAGAACGUGGAACUGGUGAAAUCGGCCGAGGAGAAUCAAGCAACGUGCUCCACCGUGGACCAAGCGAGGCCCGUUUCUUCCUCCGUGGAGCCUGUCGUCGACAGCAUAGUAGAGGUUGAACAGAACGAGGAAGAGAAGGAGCAAGGAGCGCAGAUCAUGGACGGUAUCUGGGACAAUUUCAAGAGCUACACGGCCAGUUUAGAGAUGAAAGAGACAGCAGCCGGCAGCUUUGCGAUCAAAGAGUCAGAGCCGGAAACCGACGUGGCGUUCUUGAGGAGUAUAGUACUGGCCGAUCACGAUUACUGCGUUGUAUGGUCGGACAAAGAGACCGACAAAGACGCAGCGGCAGCGGCGGCGGCGGCGGCGUCUUCGUCUUCGUCGUCUUCGUUCAAGGCGAAAGAAGACGCGGUGAACUCGAGCGGGGACCAAGAUUAUUUAAACAAGGUGGUGGAGAAGAGUCCAACGUUGGAUGCCAACGACGUGCAAAAUGGCAACGCGGACGAGCCAAAUGGCAAGAAGGCGAAAAGUCCGAAGAAAAAGAAGCAAGGUGGAAGUACAUCGUCCAGCGACUCGUCCAGCGACAGCGAUUCCAGCAGCUGUUCCUGCGGGACGAACUGCAGCUGCAGCAGUUCGUCGUCCGGUAGCUCUUCCAGUUCUAGCAGUAGCUCCGACUCGGACAGUUCCACCUCGGAGGGUUCUCCGAAGAAACAGUCGAGCCGGAAGGAACGGAAAAAGGAGAAAGAGAGCACGCAGGAGCCGGAGAGCAAGCAGAUCUCUCCGGAGAUGAAGAACGGAUCGGCGACGGUGCCGGUGGUGGAAGCAGUUUGCCCGCCGCAGCUCUCGCUGAAGGAGUCCGAUCUGGAGACCGAGGAGACAGAGACGGACGAGGACUUUUACGACGAGCAUCCUCAACAGCUUGCGAACAAACUGCUCGCGGAGAAGCGAAAUCAGCUGAUGCUGUUGGCCGCGGUCGCACCUGCGUCCACAGAGUCGGCGAUCCCGUUGAACAACGGGUUAACGGACACGGACACGGCGGCUCCUUCUCCGGAUCCAAUUUCUGCCACCACGGUGGAAAAUCAGUCGCAGCACCAACAACAACAGCAGCAGCAGCAACAACAACUGCAGCAGAAGAAAAAGGUGAAAACGAAGAAACGAAAGAAGGGGGAAAAGACGAAACAGCGUAACUCGACGCCGACGGUCGAGUCGAUUAAACUAAACAUUCCUAAAGCGUUUUACCAAAAGAAUCCGGGUUAUUCGGCGUCGUCGCCGGCGUUGAACGUGUCGACGAACGACGUGCACGCGAUGAACGCGGCCAUCGAAUCGCACGCGAUAGGGGCGGCUGGUGGUCAAGGGCAGAUCGGUGGCAGUGGUUCCGAGGCGGAGAGCAACAAACGGUCGUCGAAACGGAAACGAGUACCGAAACGAUUCUACGGCGACUCGAGCGACGACGAGGCGGAGAAACAGCCGACGGUGAAGUGGAGGAAAGUGGAGGCGGCGGCAGCUUCAUCGUUCGCGACAGUGCCGCCAACCGUGGUGAAACAAUUGCCACCGAGGCUGCCAUUUGGCGGUAAGAGCAUGGCUUAUAGGCCGAUCGAGAGCCAAUCGGAUAAUCUGGCGAUCGCCGCGGCGUCUGCCACCGAGUCAGAGGAACCGGAAGCGGAGAGCAGCACCGACUCCAGCGACACCGAAGUAGAAUCCAGCCAGCAGAUGCAGACGCAUCUGUCGUCUGGUAAUCCGUCGUCGGCCCCGGAACGGCCCGUCAAUUUGUAUUGUUAUUGCCAAUGCCCGUACGACGAAGUGUCAGAGAUGAUAGCUUGCGACGCCGAGGAUUGUCGCAUCGAAUGGUUUCACUUCGAGUGUGUCGGUAUCAUGGUACCGCCGAAAGGCAAAUGGUACUGUCCAGACUGUCGAAAGAAACACGGUAUCGUGCAAAACAGCGAGGACUACUUUGACUGA